AUGUCCAAAAAAAAUCAUGAAUAUAUGGCUAAUUUCUUUUCUGAGUUACACAAAUUACAAGGUGGUGUAAUGGAGAGUGUUAACCUGGUCGAUAACACACCGGAUGCAGAUAAGUAUUACCAUGAAUUUAUGGAAAUACAGCAGGACGCAGUGAAAAUCGCGGAGGAUAUAAAAAAUGAAGUAUACGACUUAAUCGAAGAUGUCGACGAGCUCGUGAUAGAGAAUCGGAUAAAAAACCUGCUCAAAACUUACAACAAAUUGAAGAAUAAAGAAGUCGAAAUGGAUCAGAGUAAUAAAAAUAUGUAUAUCACUAAAUUGAAGGAAGUCGAAGGAAGCCAUGAUAUUUUCACGCACGUAGCACACCUGAUUAAGGGCGAAGCGGAUAUAAAGGGGAAAGAACUGUCAGAGAGAGAAAAUAAGUUAGACAGUAUUUUCAAUUUUGUAAAAUUGCACGAAACCGAUUUGCAUAACCUUUACCCUCAGUACACACCGGAGCAUAUGGAAAAAAUAAAUAAAAUAUUUGACAAUGUCAAUGCAAGCAUCAGUGUGGGUGACCUUAAUGUUGAUCACAGUAAUGAAUAUAACGAUGUGAGAAGGCAUAAAAACGAAGCAAUGCUUUUAAUGAACGCAACAAAUGCAUUCUCGAAGGAAGUAGAAAUGUUACAGAACGAAAACGAAGACAGAAACGGAGGCAAAAGCCAUGUCGUGGAGAAUUACACAAACAAUAUGGACGAAUUAACUGAGUACGCUAAGACAGUUGUGAAAAAGAUAAAUGAUUCAAAAGAGGACUAUGCAAAAAUAUUUGAUAAUACAAUAGAAAAUGAAGCCAUGCUGGAAAGAAUUGACCUAAAGAAGAAGGAUAUUAACGAAACACUUGCGAAUUUAAACAAAACGAAAGAAUAUUUAUUAGAAAAAUUACAUGAUGAAGAGAAAUUGCAUCAUAUGAGAGAACAAUCAGAAGACGUUACCACUAGUACUGAUACAAUAGUAAAAAGAUUCAAGACAUACAAUCAAAUGGUAGAUACGUCCCAAAAUAUUGACAUCAGAAACAUGCGGUCAAAAAAGUACGAGUCUGUAGAUGACAUAGAUAAAGAAAUAAGUUACAUAAAUACUUACAACAAAGAUUUAAUAGAAAGCAAACUAAUAGUUGAAAGGGUACUAGAAAAUGACACAAGGAAAAAGAACGACAUGGCUCAGAUAUUGUCUUCAAUUUCGAGAGAUAACUCAAGUAUUUACGAAUAUGCUAUAAACUUCUUUGAUUGCGUCCUUAAAGCAAUUGGAACACUAACUGAAACGAUUAGAAAUAUGGAGAAAUUGAUAAACGAAAAUGAGGCCAUUAUGGCAGAAUUGAAGGAUCAACGAAGGAAGUUACAAAAUGUACAGCAUGCACCUGCCGAUUUAGGAAAAUUAGACGAGGUAGACAAAAUGGCGCCAAGGAAGUUGGAAACAAAAUUGUUGGGAAGAAACGAAAGUAGAAAUAUAAAGGAUGGUACAACUGAUUCUACACUUAAGGAUGAUAAAAAAACAUAUAAUGUGAACGGAGAAGGGACAAGACAAGAACAUGUUAUGUUGAAGAAGGGACCACCUCCCCAAAUAGACGUUUACCGGACUAGCAUUUUAAAAAAUGACAAAAACGAUCAAGAAUCAGAACAAAUAGAUAAGAGGAAUUCAAUAAAACCCGUAAGCACCGAGAAGACUGUGCAAUACAGGAGUUAUUUAAACAAUAAUAAUAGUAACAACGAUAAUGACAUAAGUACCUUGUAUACGCUAGGUGAAUAUAACACUCCAAAUAAUAAUUAUAAUACUAAUGCAUUGGGGGAUAGUAAAAAUGAAGAAACGAAUGAAAAGAGAAAUUAUGCUUUAUUUGUCUAUAUAGGGGGAUUGUUUAGUGCCCUUUUCAUUUUUAUUGGUUUUGUCUUCUAUUCGUUACCCAAAAACAUAGGCACAGUGGGGGUCGAAAAAAAGAAUGACAAAGAAAAACCAAUCAUUGGGGACACAAAAAUUAAGGUAUUUGAGGAAGUAUAUGGUUCAACACGUGAUGUAAAAGAUGUGGUUAUAGAUGUGUCUUUUGUCCAUAUGGAAGAUAAUUUGUAA